AUCAUGAAUGUAUAUUUAUCUGGUGUCCACGUUCUUCAACGUGUAUAAUUUUUCAUCCACAAAAAUUCCAAUAUUACAGCAAUAACAAAACGCAAUUAACAACGCAUUCGGAUUUCAAGUUUAUUUGUGGCCAAAAUGAACGAUUAUAUUUGGAUUUUGAACGAAUCAAAAUGGAUGCUGGGUGUGAAUGAACUAUGUACUGAAAAACGAACAGCUUUUUAUCGAGUUGUGUCGUGGGCCCGAUUAUAAUCGGGAAUCCGGCAUCACGGUUGUUUUGUAGUAAAUCGGGCUGUGCUGAACUCGUGAAUCCUAACAGCGGGGAUUGAUAGCAGUGGAGGCUGAACUCGGUAGUCCCCGUGUCGGUAAUGUGUUUACGAGAGUGCCAGGCGAGCUUCCCGCAGGUGUCCUUAAUAGGAUGAGGACUCUGACGGAAAUAUUGAAUGUCUACGCGAGUCAGCGAGUGGUGUGUGUCGGGCAGCGGUAGGAUCUCUGUGCAAAAUGGCGAGAAUAUACGGACUACAGUGUCGCUCGUGUGCUCAGUGAGCGGGCAGAAAUGAAAUGCAUAUACAGGAAGGAACACACACAACUCUGACAACAUGUACCAAAAUGACAGAAGAAGUAGACAGAAGACAUGGUGUGAAUGGUAACAGCAGCGGCAAGGGUGCCGACGACGAGCCCCCGGGGCAAAGCUCUGCUCAGACUGCCACGGGUGGAAGACUCAAGUUUUUUAAAGAUGGAAAGUUUAUAUUGGAGUUGGUGCGAGGCAGCGCGCGCGAGGGCGAGCGCGCAGGCUGGGUGUCGGUGCCGCGCAAGACGUUCUGGCCGCCCGCCGCCGCGCCGCCUACGCCGCCGCACGCCGCGCCGCCCUGCGCGUCGCUGUCGCUGUCCGACGACAACUCGUCGCUGCACUCGUCGCCCAGCGCCUCGCACCGCGACCAUGCGUGGAAGCAGCCCGCGCCGCGCCGCAACCUCGCCGCGCAGCUGCAGCUCUACUACUGCCGCCCCGGCGCGCUCACCGCCGCGCACAUCCGCCAGGCCGCGCGGCGCAAGCGGCGGCGCCCCUUCGACCCCGCGCCGCACCCGCUGCCCGGCCUGCUCAACGGCGCCUUCCGCAAGCCCAACGGCCUGUGCGAGCGCCGCACGGCGCCGAGCGACGCCGCGCCCGGCGACGACGUCGUCGACGCGCCGCCGCCCGACGACGAGCGGUGGAUGGACUGCGAUCGCGAGAAAUAUUAUCAUAUGAAACUCAAGAAACCAUAUCAGUAUCAUAAGUUAAGGGUGUACAAGAAAACGAAACCGCCGGUCGGGCGGAAAGAAUUGAACCGGACGAUAGACCGGCUGCGCGAGAAGAUCGCGGCGCUGCCCGUGCUCGUCAACGCCAAGCUCGCCAGCUGCCGCCAGGAGCACGCCAUGGUGUCGCCGCGCAAGCGCAUCCUGCGCGAGAUGGAGCGCGUCAGCCUCGAGGACCAGGCCAGCAAGCGGCGCGCCAAGACCGUGCCCGCGCUCAGCACGGCCUCCUACCCGCCGUCGCCCGGGCCCAGCCACUCGGUGCGCGCGCCCAACGGCUCCGCGCCGCGCCGGGACGCGCCCGCCAAGCACGUGAGCAGCUACAGCAUCCACUCGCUGCUCAGCAUGCCUGACGACGCGCGCCGCUCGCCCGAGCCCAAGCGCUCGCCGCACUCCCAGCCGCCGUCGCUCAAGACGGAGUCGCCGGCCAGUCUCGCGUCGCCCGACCUCAGCCCCAGCCCCGACGGCUACCGCUACCGCUACUCAGCGCUGGCGCUGGGCUCGCCGGGGCGCGGCGCGGCGCGCGACUCGCCCACGCCGCCGCAGCCUGGCGCCGCGCCCGCCUUCCGCGCGUACGCGUCGCCCGCGUCGCCCUACGGCGCGCGCGCCUGGCCCGCGCCCGCGCCCGCCUACGCGCGGCGCGACGAGUGGGCGGGGGGCGGCGCGCAGUACGUGUACGGCUACGGCUAUGUGCCGCACGUGUACCGCGCCGCGCCGCCGCUGUGGAUGCACUACGCGCUGGCGCCCGGCGCGCCGCCCGGGCCCUGGGCGCCGCUGCCGCACCCGCUGCUCACCGACCAUAUACCCAAGGACGAACCCACUUCAGAUUUGCCAUUGAAUUUAUCGAAACACUGAAGUGUUCGGAGCCGGCGUGGCGCGGGACGUCCUUCCCGUUUCGUGAGACUGACAGCUGAGCACGCAGACCGCUGGCACGUGCGUCGAAGUGCCGUGUGGGGAGUCGUGUCGAUUUGUUACAUAAACUUAUAGGUAUUUUUACAAAAGUAAAUAAAGACUUAGAUUAAUUAAUUAAAGUAUAAAUGAAAUUGCAAUAUCGAUUUUUAUAUUUUUAUACGGUCCGGAUCGGAUCGCCCGCCGGGCGAGUCGAUGCCGUGCUGCAAACAUUCCACUGUCGCGUCGAUCGAUUGGCACGUCGAGUCCAAAAAUCGCAUCCCACCUGCCGCUAACGGUUAUAGCUAUAAAGAACGAUAUUUUUGUAUAAAUCGUGAUUUUCCGGCGGAUCUGAUUGUCAGAAAAUCUAUUUACAAAGUUUUUGUAUAAUAUACUGAAAUAUUAUUUUAGUAUAGAGUGUAUGUAUGUAGUAGAGUCAUGCGUGUAUUUUCAUACGAACUGUUUGAGCUGCAAAUUAAAUAUUUUAAUAUUGGCUAUUAUUUUAGAGUAAGCUUGCUAAGAUCUAAUGGAAACAAAAAUACAGUUAUCGAUUGUUAACGAUCAGUGCCUUGAACUAAAUGAAGAUAUGAACAUAUUUAUGAAUGAAAAGUAUUACCUGAUAAAAAAUUCCUGGUUUUAUAAUACGAUAAAAAAAAGUAACUAUAGCAUACUGCCAUUUCACUGUCACGAUUGUUCAUACCGAGUUUUGAUAUAUUCAUAAAUUAGGUGGAAAAGCAUUUCGGUCCAUAUCAUCAGCAAAAUUCAAUAAUGAUGUUAUAUCUCGAUCUCAUUAUUUAAUUUAGAAAAUAAACGAGGUAAAGACUACAGUUUUUUGGGAUCAAAUUUGGAUGUGUGUUUAUGUAACAUGUAUAUUACAUUGUAUAUAAUUUGUGAAUGGUGUAUUGUUGAGAGCGGGCCCGCGCCCGCGAGCGCACGAUUCACUUCGGCGAGAGUUUAUUACCUUCGAAUAAUGAAUAGUUAUUGUAAUUGUACAGUAUUUUUGUAUCAAGUAUUGACGGCGAGCGGGCGACUCCGAGGCUGCCGCGUGGAGUGUGGAGCCGGGACACCGCGGCCUCGAAUGGCUUUGAGAUUAUAACGUAGAGCUAGUUUUCUGCAAUUAUAGUAUGGGGUUAUGUAAUAUAAGGACAUUUAAACGAACGGUAAUGGACUGAAUUCUGAACUAAUUUUUAAUCGUUUAUGGAAUCGUGAAAAAAAAUAAGUGUUGUAAUCGGAGAGGCCUAUUGUAUCGAGCGUUGUCCGCCAACAAAGUUGACUUAGUGUAAAUGUAGCUGUAAUAGAACCUGCUCAAUUAAACUCUGAGUAAAGUAAGGGAACAACUUUAUAUCAAUGUUAUCACUGGGAUGGAACUGACAUUUUUAAUUUGUCAACAUUUUACCUGUACCUAUGUGUCGGCUGCGCUUCUUUUUAUUGUUUGAGUCAGUAGCGUUGCAUAGACAUGGUUAUUUAACAUAUUGUAUUAGAUUAAAUCUAUAAUAGAUUUGAUAAAAUUCAAAUCCACAUGAAUCUAAUAGAAUUACAUUAGGUUAAUUAAAAUAAGUUUUUAACCUAUUAUGUUAAUUUAUAAGAAAUAUAGUCACUGAAAUAGAUGAUGGUAUAUGUACCUUCUGCAAAUUAUAUACGUAUUUAUAAAUAAAAUUGUCCAAAUCACAAUAUUUGAAUGCAUUUGUCUGUUAUAUCAUACUCAGUAACUAAACUUGAAGUGAUUUAUGGACAUAAUAAGAGUCAACUGUUCAAGUCAAUUCAGUCCUGUUUUUGUCUAAUACAUUUUUGCUGUAUUUUUUAUAUCAACCAAACGUGAUACAGCCAAGGUUUGAAUAAAUCAUUGAGUUUAGCAAUUAAGUUGUUUAAAAUAAUUUAUAUAAAAAUAUUUACAGAGCCCAAAUAAACUAACAUCUGUAAUCUAUUUAGAUUUAAUCUAUUUAUUUAAGUCUCUUUGUAUACUUCAUAAAGUCCUAUAUCUAUGAGAUACUAUAAAACUACUAGUUACGAUAAUGUACUGGGCAUAUAUUUUGGAACACGCCGCGAGUGUUGAGGCAAAUCAAAACUACGUAUUUUGUAUGCUCAGAAAGCUACCUUCAUCUGGCAACAUAUCACGUCAGGUAUAAUGCGCGCCAAAAAAGUAGUCCAAUCUGAAGUGAAUCUGCAACAGGGCAGAUUUCUAGAGCGCACUUUGAUUUUGCUCAGACUUUGUUAAAACGAGACAGAUUUAUGUGAGAGAUAUACAUCUGUCUCGUUUUGUCAGAGUGCGCUCCAUAGACUUACACAAACUUGAACCAAGAACUGUC